CGUCGGGACCAGUGCUGAAAAGGCCCUGGCCCUAGUUGAAACCAAUCUGACCUCCUUUAGGCUUGGUACCUCCAAAGUGUUGUUAUCAAGGAAUUCUGGAACUUGUAGUUUACCCUUCACAGAGUUACAAUUCCCAGAAACCUUUAAUAACCUACAGGGCCCAGAAUUCUUUGAAGGGGUGGGGAAUGUGCUUCAAACGUGCUUCGAAGAUAUCGUGUGUACACAGCCUGAGGCUCAUCCCCAUAGCGCCAAUCCAUAGUUUAGCAUUUAAAAUGGGCCUGGUUCAAGAUGUGUGUUGGACUGCCCCCUUAUUAUAAUGCUUCUCCCUCAUCCCCCCCCCCAUUCCCAGCUGACCCUGAGGAGGUCAGUUCCCCAAAGGCCUCCUCUCUCUUCACUUGGCCCAACCCGACCCGCCACGCCUCAUCAUCUUGUAAAUUCCUGGGCCGUGUCACCCUUUCAUCGCAUCUUGUAUAUCGGGGCUCUGGGACCACCUGGCCUUGUGGGGUCAGAAUAACUGCGGUCACGGUCUGCUCUGCAUUAAUUAACCUUUGAUCCUUAACGGGCACCCCGGGGGAGGAGAGGCGGGAGAGCCUCGUAAAAACAACAGGGAGAUUAAUGGCAAGCAAGCAAUUUCACUUUCAAGACUUUGGGACAGCUGAGGGGGGCGGCGAAAGGAGCCCAUCGGACGGGUUUUGAGGGCGGGUGGAAAGGGGGCUUGUGCAGCAGUCUGGGAACCGGGGAAACCUAUCAGGCUGUAAUAGCAAGAAGAAACCCUGUGAGCAGGGUUGCCAACUGAUGGAGGGGGAAGCAGCCUGGCCUGCUCCUGCGCCCUUGACGCCAGUUUGAUUUGCAGAAAUCAGCAGAAGAAGCUUUUUUCUCAGCAUCAGGAUAAACUUUACCAACUGUGUGAAAAGCACAGCUGCAGAGGCCGGCUGGAAAGUUGGCGACCCCGAUGCAGGUAUGCAAUUACUUGGCUGGAGAACCGCGUUGCAAAAUCCGGAGGCGUUUAAAUGUUGAAGGAUGCUGUUUCAGUUUAUGAAUUGUUUUGGAACAUGAGAAUUAGGUGAUGUAUAGUUAGCUUUUGACUCUUGGCUCAUUCCCUUCCUGCCCCCCUAGAGAUGCUUCACUUCCCAUGGGGCUUUGCAGUUUUCCUCCCAUUCCUCCUGGGCCUGGCGUCGGACCCUCGCGAUCCCUGCUACGAUGCCAACCAUCACCCGCACUACUGCCUCCCUGAACUCUCUGAAGUGGCCUCAGGGCGCCUGGUGGAAGCAUCCAGCACGUGCGGGAACCCUCCCGGACGACUGUGCGCCUUCCGGGACUCCGCCGACCCAGCCUCGAAAUUCUGCCAGCGCUGCAAAGAAAACGCCCACUUGCCAGAGUUCCUCACCGACGCCGAGGGCAGCGCCACUUGCUGGUGGUCCCAGCCGGGGGCUAACGCCACACUGACUUUGGCUCUAGGGCGCCGGGUGGAAGUCCUCUACGUGGCUCUGCGGUUCUGCUCCCCACGGCCAGAGUCCCUUGCAAUUUACAAGUCGAUGGACUAUGGGCGCACCUGGGUGCCCUUCCAGUUCUUCUCCACCCACUGCCGGCGGCGUUACCAUUUGCCGCCAACCACCGCCAUCCUGAAGGCCAUGGAGCAUGAGGCGGCUUGUGUCGAAGCCCAAACGGCCCCCAAGCCUCUGACUGGGGGGCUGGUGGCCUUUAUGCCCCUGGCAGGCCGUCCCUCUGCCAGGAUGUUUGAGUACAGCCCUGUGCUCCAGGACUGGGUCACAGCCACUGACCUCCGCGUGUCGUUCGACCGCAUGCACCCAACACGGACGCUGGGGUUGCGGAGGAAGGAGGCGUCUUACGGAGUGGCCGAGCUGCAGGUUGGGGCCCGGUGCAAAUGCAACGGACACGCCUCGCGGUGCACAGCCGGCCGGGACGGAGGGGCGCCCCAGUGCGAGUGCCGCCACAACACAGCCGGGCUGGAGUGUGACACCUGCAAAGCCUUCUACUGGGACAGGCCUUGGCAGCGGGCAACCCCCAAAGAUGCGCAUGAGUGUGUGGCUUGCGACUGCCACCUCCACUCCCACCGUUGCCGGUUCAGCAUGGAGCUCUUCGAACUCUCGGGGCGCCGAAGUGGUGGGAUCUGCUUGAACUGCCGCCACCACACAGCAGGGCGCCACUGCCAGUACUGCCUGCCGGGCUUCAAGCGUGACCUCAGCAGGCCCAUGGUGAGCAGCAAGGCCUGUAAAGCCUGCCAGUGUCAUCCCAUUGGCGCUGUUGGCACCAUUUGCAACCAGACCACAGGGCAGUGCCAGUGCAAGAAUGGAGUCACCGGCCUGACCUGCAACCGCUGUGCUCCAGGUUUCCAGCAAAGCCGAAGCGCCCAUGCCCCCUGCAUGCGGAUCCAGGAAGUGAUGACAACGACAGUCGCCCCACCGCAGGAGUGGAAUGCAGGUACUGAAUGUCAGACCCACUGUAAGCCGCCGCGAGGACGUGUCCAGAUGAACCUGAGGAACUACUGCAAAAAGGAUUACGUUCUGCGUGCGCAGCUGUUGUCCAUGGAGAAGUCGGGCACGUGGUGGCAGUUCACGGCCUCGGUCCUCACCGUCUACCGCCAGCGCCGAGUGCCCAUUCGGCGGGGCGAGCAGCCGCUCUGGGUGCCUGAGCAGGACCUGGCAUGCCGCUGCCUCCACCUCCAAGUCGGCAAAUCUUACCUGGUGAUCGGCAACGAUGAGGAGUCACCCGACCCUGCCCGGUUAAUCCUCGACAAAAACAGCCUGGCCCUGCCUUGGAGGGACGCCUGGGCACACAAACUGCGCAGUUUCCAGCAGCAAAGCAGGCGUGGGAAAUGCAGACUCAGCUGAAUCAGCACAGGGGGCGGGGGGAGCAGGGAGGAAAACAGAGUGAGGGAAUGGGGGGGGGAACAAAUGGGUACAUUUGGUAAUACCCCUCCACUUCCCUUGAUAUUAGAGAGCAUAAGGAAAACAUUUGGAUUUUUAAGUGUUAGUUUUGAGGACGUAUAGGCCUCUCUUACCUCCUCCAUCCUCUCCUGUGUGGCAAGUAAGGAACGCUUGAAAAGAAGUUGACGCCUGUGAAUCCCAAGGCAACCUGACCUGAUCUGCGCCUGUCGAACUGAAAAUGUGCAGACUGGAGCCUAAUUGUCCCACUGCACGUGUCCGAAAUUUACGACGCAGUUCUCCGCUCAAAGAAUAAAUAAAUAAAUGCCAACAUAUUUCAAGAUAAAGAUGCUUUUAAAAAUAAUGUACAUGGAGAUAAACGGUGUAUUUAAAUACG